UGUUGUUGUCCUAGUUUAUUUAAUUUUAGUAAUGAAAUAACAAAAGUAAAUGGUGUUUUUGGAUUUAUACAUGGCAGCGUAAAAGUAUGGCAAAUACAAAAGUAAUCUCAACCAUAUCACAGGAAAGGGAAGAGCCCGAGGAAACAAUUAGUCAUGGAGGGCUCGAACUCGAACCUCCUGGACAGGGAACAACUUUUGAAAAUCCACCAGAUGGCGGUCUUAGAGCUUGGUUAAUAGUUCUCACGUGUGCAUUGAUAAAUGCGCUACUGAGCAUAAUGCAGAUUAUGAUUCGUGUCUCUUUGAUGGAUUCCAAAAUGUCGUCUGCAACUGGAAUGGACGAUGAAACGCAACAAGAAGUGGAUAAACAAUACGUAGAACUGGUUGAUAUAUAUGCACCGAUAGCUGCGUUAGUUAUGAUAUUCUUUGGUUACAAGAAGACCGUUUGUAUUGGAGCCGGCGUUGUCAUGACUACCGUUAUAUUUAUAUCCUAUCUCGGAGAUGAUGAUACUGAAGGAUUUAUCAAAUUUCUGAUAUAUGGUCCGACAGCAAUAGGAAUGAGUUUUAUCAAACUUGGCGCGUUGAUCCCCGUGUUAGAAUAUUUUACAACAAAGAGAAUAAAAGCUUUGUUUGUGUCCAAAUUAGGAACUCACGUCGGCGAAAUGAUUCUAGCCAUUAUAAUUAUAACGGCCGAGAGUGACGUCAAAGUUUUAUGGAGAAAGUUUUUAAGAGGAUGUUCUGGGCUAUGUAUUGGAAUUGGCUUACUUGGUUUAACCUUACGGGAACUUAAGAUAACAAUGAAGGAGAACAGAUCGGUGACAUUCAUUCAGAAGACGGUUGGACUCGGGAAUAAAGACUUACUCAAGAGUUUAUUGUUUUGGCUGACAUGUGCAGUAUACUUCUUCUUUCACUGGGGAAUAGAGACACCACAAGGUCAGUUCAUUGACAGUGACAUGACAAGCCGGCUGGAAUUUGGUAGAAAUCUCACUAAAGCUCUACUUUACGGACUGAGUCAACCAGCAGGACAGGCAUUGGGAACGUUCAUAGCAUGGGUUGUCAGGAAAACGGUGUACCGGGAGGAGAACCGGCCUGAUGACAUUGCACAUAAAGACAGCCGUCUGACACAUAUAUUUGGUCUGUUAGUGGCUACAUCCUUCACCAUGUCGAUUGGUUGUUUUGUAGCACCAGAGGCAGUAAACUUUGGAUACUUUUUCACUUUUAGUUUACUGUUUGCAACGUUCUUUGGUAUGAACGAGGGAUUAAGAGAUGAUGUGAUACCAGAGGUGUUUGGUAGAGACAAUGUAAGAAUUGUUGAAGGGCUCAUACUGAUGUUUGUUGGUUUUGGCGGAUUGAUUACGAACGAAAUAAUCGUUAAAAUCGAUGAUGGAGGCGCAAAUGAUUGGAAGAAAGUAUUCCGUUACGGAGGUGGUAUGCUGUUGUUGUCAGGGUCUGUAACGACAAUCGUUCUUGUUCUAAAACAUAGUAAAGCACUGGACGAGAUACAGUCGAAAAUAAAUGGCAAUUCUGUUGUUCCAUGGAGAGCAGACGACAAUCGUACAAACGUAUCUGGUACACAACAAACGGUUCCAAACACUCAUAACACCGUAAAUAACCACCAGUCUGUCGGUCCUAUUACGAAUACAUCUCGACAGCAGACUGUGCCGUCAACGAUCAAUGGUAGUUUUCAACCUUACCAGCAGCCAUAUGUUCCAACAUAUAGUCAGAACAGUGGCGUUCAACCUAACCAACAAUCAGCGCCAGGCUAUACCACACGGAAUGAUGGGUUUAAUCCACCGCAGCAGCAGACAAUGGUAGUACAACAUAUGAGCAUGUACGAGCUAUAAUUGUCUCAUUUCAGAACUUUCAACUGAUAUCUCUUCAAUGUACAUUCAUAUUGAAAAGUUGUGAAACAUUUUAUUUGCUGAAGUUUUGUCAUUUGAUUCAAUACAGUAGAAAAAUGAGUACCUAAAAUGCCUAAAACGGCAUAAUUUGAUAUCUUGCGAACUAAGUUUAAUUGAAUAGAGAUAAACAGAAGCCCUAAGGAACGUCCCAAAUGGCAAAAUUGAAAAUGUUGGAGGCUUGGUAAGACUGAGCCAGUUAAUGAACGGUAAUGGUCAGUGCAGGCUAUCCUAGCACUUGUUUCACAUGAAAAUGGUGACAUUUUGAUUUUAGAACAUCCGAAGAUGAUGCUUAAAUAACUAAAUCAAACCUAUUCACCAGUUGUACGUCUUGAGAUAAAAUGAACAGAAAGUACUAAAAUGUUGCCUUUGUUAAGAUACAUUUACUGUACAUAUGAUGAAACUUUAUAAAGAGAAAAACGGAAUCCAAAAGAAAACCCAAAACGUCAAAACUGAAAAUGUUGCAGGCUUGAUUUGAUUGCGCCUGUUCUCGGACGGUAAGCGCAAGCUGCCGUCAAAAUCUUGGAUAUUUAUCAUACAAAGGAAAUUUCUUUCCCAGCUAUAAUGAAUAGUUAAUGAGGACAGAUACAGAUUAUUGAAGAAUUGCAUGACUGUCUGGAUAAAAUGAUUUCGAGAGACCGGAUAUAUCUUAAUCAAUCAAAACAUACUUUAUAAAAGUUUUUUAUAUAUUGUGUACACAUAAUUACAGGACGAUUUUUCCAUACGUGCAACUCAUGUGUAAACAGAAUAUAUGGCAUAUAGCACAAUAAUACAGAGCUUCUGAAAAUUUGAGAAAUUUCAGGUAGAUUGUAUACUUCGUUUGCAUGUCAGAGACAUAUUUCUAGGAAAGGUUCGGUGAAUUAUCAGCAAUUGACUGAUGUUUUUUUUUAU